AUGGAGAAUUAUGUAGAAGGAGAAAAGGAAGCUCUGAGCACCUAUAAACUCAGCAAAUUAAAAGUUGGUGAGAAUAAAAUUAUGCAAGAUAUUUCAGGAGGAAAUAAAAAAAAAGAUAUUAUUUCUAAAGAGAAAGAUGGUAAUGAAAAUACAAAAAAAAAAAACAAAAACACUACUUCUCUUUUUAAGAGGUUUAAACUUUUUGGUAAAACAAAAAAUGCACCAAAAGAAGAAGUGUCCGAUUUGAAAAAAAAUGAUGAAAAUAAUUCCAUAGAAGUUGUUAACUUGUUAGAUAUAUCAAAAGAUGAAGAGGAUAAAAGUAUCAACAUGAAUAGUGAUAAUAAUAAUAAUAAUAAUAAUAAUAAUAAUAGUGAUCAUAAUAAUAAUAGUGAUCAUAAUAACAAUAGUGAUCAUAAUAAUAAUAAGAGUGAUCAUAAUAAUAAUAGUGAUCAUAAUAAUAAUAGUGAUCAUAAUAACAAUAGUGAUCAUAAUAAUAAUAGUGAUCAUAAUAAUAAUAGUGAUCAUAAUAAUAAUAGUGAUCAUAAUAAUAAUAGUGAUCAUAAUAAUAAUAGUGAUUAUAAUAAUAAUAGUGAUCAUAAUAAUAAUAAUAGUGAUCAUAAUAAUAACAAUAGUGAUCAUAAUAACAAUAGUGAUCAUAAUAACAAUAGUGAUCAUAAUAAUAAAAGUGAUAAUAGUAAUGAUAAUAAUAAUGUAGAUCAUAAACUUCUCAGAGAGUUUUUAAAAAUUAAUAAUAACACACACGUUAAUAACGAUGAUCAUAAUAUGAACAAUAGUAAAAUGAAUAAAAGAAAGAAUUCCAUAAGUGUAGGAAAUGGUAGUAAAAUAAAUGAUAAAUCUGUUAUAUCUAUCAAUACAGAUGAAGGAACAACAAAAGUUCAGGCAGAGAGUAAUAUUAUAAGUUCCAAACGUACUACACGAGAUAGUGCACUUAUAAAUUCAGAUAUGUUAGGUAAAAAUGUUGAAAAGGAUAUAAAUACAAAAAAAGAAUCUGUUAAAAUUGAUUCAGAUAAUAUGUCUAUAGACAAUGAAAAAUCUAUAAUUCCAAGAAUUAAUGAAAAAAGAAACUCAUUAUUUAAAAAUAUGGUAAAGAUGCCCUUGAAAUAUGCUUAUAAGUAUAGUUUAACACCUAGGAAUAGUACUGCAAAUAGUGAAGAUAAAAAUCAUAUAAAUGAUGACAAUAAAAAUGAUGACAAUAAAAAUCAUGAUAAUAAACUUAAUGAAAAUAAAAAUGAUGAUAAUAAACAUAAUGACAAUAUAAAUAAUGAUAAUAUAAAUAAUGAUAAUACAGAAAAUAAUAAUACAAUUAAUGAUAAUAUAAAUAAUGAUAAUACAAUUAAUGAUAAUAUAAAUAAUGAUAAUACAAUUAAUGAUAAUAUAAAUAAUGAUAAUACAAUUAAUGAUAAUAUAAAUAAUGACGAUGUAGAGAAAGGAUCAAAUAAGAAACACUCCAUAAGCCUUAAUAAUCAUGAAAGAAAAAAAAGCCUUCUGGUCCAACCAUUAAAUAAUAAUAAUGAAAACAAAAUACAAAAUAAUGAUAGUAAAUUAAUACUUAUUAAUGAUAUACAUAGUAAUAACCAAGAUAUAAUUCAAAAUAAAGAAAAUGUUAAAAGAAAAAUUUCAAAUGUAGAUAAUAAUAUAAAUAAUAUUAAUAGCACGCUUACUCCUAAGGUAGGUUCUAAUUAUAGCGGUAAAAAUUCUGAUACCUCAAAAAAAUAUGACAAUGAAGAAAAAUCAUCUAAUACAUUAUCAGAGAAUAAUUCCAAGGUACCAAAAAAAGGCUUCAAUCAUUUAUUCAAGAGUAAAAUGAAAAUAGAGAAAAAGAACCCUCCUGUUCUUAUAAAAACGAAUAAUACAGAUAUUAAAAAUAAAAAUAUUGUUAUGAAAAAAAAUAAUUUAGUUGAACGAGCUAAUUUAAUAAAAAAAAAACAAACUGAUAUAAUACAAGAUGAUAUUAUCCAUGAUAAUCAUUUUAAAAAAAUAUCUAAUAAUGAAACAACACAAUUGUUAAAUGUUUUUGUUCCUUUUGAUUUGGAUCCUCCAACUUUGUAUGCUGACACUUCUGAAACAGUCAGCCCCUUAACUCCAAUAGAAGAAAUAAUCGACGUUAUAUACUCCAUAUUUAAUAGGAGCACAGAAGACACAAUUACACGUCUAAGAGAAUCAAAGAAUAACACUGCAGAGUGCCUUAAUACUUUAAAAAUAACAUUAGAUGCUUUGGAAGGGAACGAAAAGUCUGUGAUCUCACAACUGAACAAGAACAUGGCUAUCGAGAAAGAAUGUUUAGGAGAAGUUGAUGAAGUUAUUAAAUCAAUAAAUGACGACUAA